AUGACUUCCCCGCUUCCUAAAUGGAAAUAUGUCUCCAUCGAGCCAGCCGAUAGUGCGCUUGGGGUUUACGUGGUUACAAUGAAUAAACCUCCAGAGAACCGGCUGAAUAUCGAGAGCGCGCAAAACAUCAUCUCCGCCCUUCGAUACAUCGAGAAGGUCCUGCUGGGCCCUGACAAGCCGGGCGCCGUUAUCAUCACCAGCUCCAGCGAUAAAUUCUUCUGCACCGGCGUCGACCUUGAAGAAGCCUCGCGGGAUCCUACGUCCUCGGCAGAUGGAUUUUUCCCUUUGCUCGCAACCCUCCUCGACUAUCCAUAUCCGACCAUCGCCGCGAUCACCGGCCACACCUUCGGUGGAGCAUGUCCGUUCUCACUCUCCUGCGAUUAUCGGUUGAUGAACCGGAAAAGAGGGUACUUCUGCAUGCCGCCUGUAAACCUAGGCCUGCAUUUCGAUGGCAUCGGCUAUCUUCCCCGGCUGAAGCUCGCCCCCCAGGUGGCGAGAAAGAUGCUGUUGGAAGCACACAGAUGGACGGCGGACACGGCCGUUGUGGACGGCGUCAUUGACGAAGCGGUAGACCCAGACCAGUUGUUGCCACGAGCGGUGGAAAAGGCCCGGGAGAUUGCUCCGAGGGCGAAGAUGGGAGUCUAUGGCCUCUUGCGGAAUGAGCUCGUCGGCGAAGCAUCGCGUCAGUUGCAGCAAGUGUCGUAUCUUCACCACCGGACAGCGAGCCAGCCGGUCCGGGCCAAGAUCUGA